AUGCCGUCUGCCAAUCUUAGUAGGAGAACCACUCGCCUUGUCCUGCAGCGACCAUCUCCACCCUCCCCAUGCACGACACACCACCCUCACACCUUUGACCUCCGCAACGCCUCGUGCUAUCCCUCAACACUCUCUUUUCUUCUCCCAAUAAACCCCAUCCCUCAAUGCUGCGAACUCCUCAGGCAUGUGCCUGCAAGUGUCUCAUGCCUCGCUUCGCCUCUUGCUGAGCGCCUCACGCCUUUCUUCUCCCAAUCCGUCCCCCGGCAGACUGAUCUGGACUCUUGCUCAGGCCAGCCCCCCAAUCCGGGCGUCCGGCCUCAGCGACGCCAGCCUCUAUCCGUCCCACAAACUCGUGCUCAAAUAUUUUUUUUCUCCCGCUGUCAAUGGCCUGCGCAAACCAUUCCAGAGCGUCCUCCAUCCAUCCACUAUGGCCACACCCCCCUCCCCCCUCCCCUCCUCUCCCAGGGCAAGCGAGAUAAGAACGCUCGGCCCACACAACCGCGCCCCUACCAGCCCAGGCAACCAGCAACCGUCCACCAAACCGUUCCAGCUGCCCUCACGCCCCCCCCCCUCCCCCAUGGCCCCCUCCGCACCAAUCACCAGCCUGCCCUCAACUGCAAGUCACUUGCACGCUUAUAUCCAACACGAGCACGAGCAGCCUGCAUGCACUCCUCCCUCACUAUACUACAUACGCGACCACAGACAGCCCCCACGCUCCUCCUCUUUGCCCAGAUGCAGACGUCCUUCGUUGCUGCAGGACCCUAG